AACCAUGGCCAGCUAACCCAAGCCCCGUAUCUUCUUUCCUCUGUUCACCACUAAUUUCCUUGGUCCCCCGUGUCUGCACACUGACAGCCCACGGCAUUUUGUCUCCUAUCACCAAACACACGGUUCGCAAUGGCAACCACGGGCCUGACGCCUGUGCAAGAGGCCGCCUUCAGACGGAGCAAGCAGCUUUCCGUCCAGCAGCGCGAAGAACUUCUCAAGCCAUUCCUCCCCUCGGACCCCUCCGACAGCGAAGCCCAGGCACAGAAGAAGAAGGCGCUUCGCGACCGCCGCCAACGCGCAUCUCAGAAACAUCGUAAACCACUUACCGGCCCAGUCAGGUCGUUCCUCUACUUUGCUAUCUACCACGUCGUUGCCCUGAUAUUCAGUAUCUUCUUUCGCUUCCGCCGCGCCUACCGGCUCGUUCGAGGAAAGGUCGUCUCCCUGUUAAAAUACCACCACCGUACGCCGGAAUUCAUAGCGCACGAUGUUAAGGACCUGGACAAACUACCAAGACAUCUCAGUGUCAUAGUCGAGUACCAAGAGGAUGACGGUAGCCAAGGUACAGCUGGUCUGGAAGGCUUGGUAAACGACGUCUGCGAGAUUGCGGCCUGGGCAGCGAGUGCCGGUAUUCCACUGUUGAGUGUCUAUGAGCGCACUGGCGUACUGAAAAACUACCUCCCCCAAACUCACGCCAGCAUCUGGAACACACUCGAAGCCUACUUUGGACCGCGCCGUAAACCCACACUCUCUCUCCGCGCACCACACCUGAGCUCUUACUCCCCGCCCAACACCCCCCCUCAAACCGCUACCUCCGAUGGUGAAGUGUCCAAGGAGGAGCGUCAGCACCUGACUGUUCUCCUACUCUCUGAGCACGACGGCCGAGACACCAUCGUCGACUUGACACGUACACUGGCCGAGAUGGCGCAAAAGGGCGAUGUCCGCGAAGAGCAAAUCAACAUGGACUUGAUCGACGCACAGCUCAACGACCACGUUUCCAGCGAACCAGACUUGUUGAUCUUGUUUAGCCCCACGGUACAGCUGAAGGGUUAUCCGCCGUGGCAGCUGAGGUUGACGGAGAUAUUCCAUCUGCCAGACAACAAGGGUGUGAACUACCAAGUCUUCCUUCGAGCAUUGUACAACUAUGCAAAGGUGGAGAUGCGUCUAGGGAGGUAGUAAAGCGUUUGUCCUUGGACUUUCCUUGUUCCAUAAUACCCAAUUUGUUACACAUAGACAUAUUUCAUUUUGCUCAAUCACAAACUCAAUGCCAUGUAAAGUCAUAUACUCUUC